AUGAGUCAAAGUAUCCAUCCCACCGACCAGGCGGCCAAGGAGGCAGGGGCUGCUCGAUUGCUCGAUCUCGCCUUCCACCGCUGGCAAACACACUUCCCCGUCCCCAUGCCAGAAUACCCUGCCCACCAAUUCUCCGAGUCCGCUCUCCAGGUCGGCCACUUCAAAGAGGAUAUUCCUAGCGAUCCUCCAUCUACCGACCCCAACCCCAACCGCGAGAAGGGCGCGAAAGCCUACCUCAGGGUGGAGCGCGAUAUGAGCCAGGCCGGCUUUCGUUGGUGUGAUGCAGAAGGCAAGCCCGUCGACAAGAACUACAUCCAGAUAACUGAAGGCCUUGACAUUGGGCUUUUAAAGGAGGACCUAGCGGAUAUGUACAACAUUCACGAGAGGAGGCUUGUGGCGAAAUGGAACGAGGACGUCAAGGUUGCGACACUCAGGCGUGCUAUCCAAAGAUUUGAGGCAGCUGGACCGUCAGAAGUAGCUGCUGUACGUAAUGAGGACUAUCUUUAG